AUGACACCUCCAAGUUUUGCUCCUGCAAUUGUCUUGCCACCUUUUGAUGUUCAGAAGCGGCUUGCUGAACUUCAGAAGAUGCUGGACGAAAAUACUGUGCCACAAGAGCAAAGAGCUAAUAUUACACUUGCAAUUGAGAUGUAUCGCAAGGGAGAACUUCCAAGAAAAUUGGGGGAACUCACUCUUUUUCAAGAUGGCAAAGUUACAACUCUAGAAGAGAUUCACGGCAAGUCGCCCUGGUGGGCAGAGGGAGUUGGAUACCAGCUUAUGCAAACAACUAGAGAUCCUUCACAGAGUUCUGGUCAGAGCAGUGAGGCUCUGACAGCUCAGCAAUUUGCCCAACGAGCAACAUACAACUAUGUCAACGCUUAUUCUGGCCAUGAGAUUCUUGCGAGGAUGAGAUUGAUUCCUGAUUUAGGGGGAACUGACGCAGCCGUCAAUGUUUCAAUACUGAAUGAUACUGGAAGUACUGUACAAUCAGUCCUCCAAACUGAUUUGGCUGCAAUGGGGUUGAAUCCACAAUAUGGGGGACUGGGACCGGCUGUAGUGGUUCAAACUGCCAAUGGACCAGUGAAUCGGCAGUCGAUUUUUGUUGAGCUCCAACUGAUGAGAGCUGACGGAACAGCGGCAUCAGGGUGGAUUCGAGAGCUAGGCUUGAUUACCCCUCCUGGAGCAGCCCAAAUGCGCUUGACUGGUGCAGGCAUUCGAAACCACCUCUAUUUUGCAACGGCACCAGGGAAUCAGAAUCUUUACGUUGCAGAAAAGAAAAACGGCAUUAUGUCAGAGCUUCCAGCUCUUUGA